AUGAGCGGCGUGUCGGUGACGCUGGUGCGGCAUGCGUCGCCCUCGCUGAGCGCACUGCCGGUGGCACAAGCCGUGGGUCGCGCUUUGGAAACGUCGCCCUUGGCCGCGGUGUACACCUCGCCCGAACCAGAGUGCGGCCAAAUGGCAGAGAUCCUUGCCGAGAUGAACCGGAAAUGGGCAUCGCUUCUCCAAGGCUCGCACCAAACAGGGAUGCGCGACUUGGACGACUUGGACAUCCGUGCGUCGGCGGCGAUUGAGACCUAUCUGCUCCCAUGGCUCGACACGCCGGGCACUGCGCACGUCGUCAUGAUCGCCAGCGAGCGCGUGCUGCAUCGCAUUCUGCAGACGCUCAUGGCGCUGCAUGGAAAGACGCUUUCAAGCCUGCAGGAUCCAGGCAUGCGCACACUUGCCGUGCACACCGCUCGUCUGGUGCCGGGCUCGUACCACCAGCUCUUGAUUGGGUCACAAGGCGGUGCCGAGUCGCCGUGCGACGUGCGUGUCAUUACCCUGAAUGAGACGGGGCACCUAUCGCAGGCAUGGCCCGCGCCACUGCCCCUGUCGCCAAUAUCAGGCACUGGAUCUGUCCUGUCGCCUAGCUCGUCCGAGCCUAGCUCGCCGGCCGUCGCUUUACCGCCGGUCACGCUGAGCUCCUUGUCACGCUCGACGGUCUCGUCGCCUUUGCGCAGCUCCGACACCCCGCGUCCGGACGCAGGGGCACGGCCACAAAUGUAUCCCACGUAUACCAGCUCCUCGCCGAGCCCCAGUCGCGGACGGGCCGGCGGCAGCCUCAUUUCCCUGCCGUUGGGCACGCGCACAACGACGACGACGCCGCAUGCGCCUCGUAACAUCCAUCUGUACGACAUGUCGACCAUGGUGCGCUCGAUGGACAAAUGGGACUCGGUGCGCAGCCUGAGUGACCCUGCGGCGAAUGACAGCUCGGAUACGAUACACUCGCCAUUGACCACGACGCGCGCGCUAGAUUCUGGGAGCAUUGUGCGCCCCAACAGCACGUUUCCUGGCGGGGCCAUGCUAGGCCUCGGCAAUCUGCGCUCGAGCGACUCGUACAGCACGACAAGCCUCGGCUCACCGACGCAGAACUACCGCGCAAGUCUACCUGGACCCCCAUCGAGCACCACGCUGGGGGUCCAUACGCAGGCGUCGAGCGGGACACCGACGCUGAGCAACGUCAGCGCGUUUGCACAGAGCCUGUUUGGCCAUCAUCCGUCCAGCGGUCCGAGCGGAACGGGCGGCAGCGAUGCCAUGACGAUCUGGCAGGGUCUCUGUGUCCGCCUACUCCCUUUGUUCAACGGCGAGGCGCUCCACACGCCGAUCGAGACGAUGAGCGACUCUGCCGAUACGUUUGUGCACCUCCUCUUUGAGCGGGACCCGGCCCAGGCGCUGCCGACGCUCGAGGACAAUGUGCGGAGGCUGGCAAAUACUGGCCUGCUGAGCGUGACCAACAAGCUGCAAGGCCUAGAGGGCAUGUUCCUGCUGCAGGGCCUUGUCAAGGCGUGGCAGUCCUACUAUGCCAAUGUCCUUCCCUAUAUCCAGGCGUGCCUCUUUCCCCUCGAAAGCAGCGCGGCACACUUGGCGUACCUCGACCGCAUUGCCCAGCAAUCGCGACGGGGCACUCCCGCUGACACAAACGACCCUGUCGCGCCUAGCAAGGGCGUCCAACUGCGCCGGAUCCUGCUCGUCGCCUUCCGUGAUCGCGUGGUGUUGCCCAUUGGCGAGUGGCUCCUUUCGGCGCUGGAGUCGAUGGAUGCGGACCCCAGCCCCUUUUUCCCGCGCACACGCACGGCAGGCAACAUAUCGAAGCAGUUGCGCCCCUACCUAAUUCAACUCAUGGAGAAGCUGCGCAAAUCGCUGACCUACUCUCCGGCCUUUUCCUCGGGCGCAGAAUCCGAUUCCUUCCUGUCGCCCACACUGCUCCGGUCCCUGUUACCCCCCGCGACGUUUAGCUCGCGCAGCAGCAACCUGGCGUCGCCUGCUGCCGCCGAAUCCCUUGUGUAA